GUAUAUAUAGGCUCAGUGUUUACAGUUAGCUAGUUAGAAGUCUUUUUGUUUUUGUCAUUGUCACAAGGCAACAUGUCCCGGCUGAAUAUCAGCCUACUUUAUUUUUCUUAACCCUUCGACCAUAACUAGUGUGAAAUACACUGCUAAAGCUUUUCAGGAUACAGAUUAACUCUUCUUCAACUUGUUUAUCCACUGGUGACAGAGGAGGAAGCGUCAUCUGGAACCUUCUGCAUAAGGUAUCUUUAAAAGUACUUAAAAAAAAGGCGUAUAUUGAAGGUGGCAGCCAUGGUAUUGAUUCUGGGCAGAAGGUUGAACAGGGAGGACUCUGGAAUCAGAGACUCACCAGCUGUCAAGCGCAAGGUGUUCGAGGUUGAAUGCAAAAAUAUAGCCAGCCAGGAUGUCCUGGAUUUCUGCUCUGGAUCCUCACACUCGGAGGGCAUUCUGCAGGUGUUCAAUGAAUUCCGUGACUGCCGCCUUUUCACCGAUGUGGUCAUCAGCGUGCAGGGCCGUGAGUUUCCCUGCCACCGCGCUGUGUUAUCUGCCUGCUCUUCCUACUUCAGAGCCAUGUUCUGUAAUGAUCACCGCGAGAGCCGUGAGAUGCUUGUCGAGAUUAAUGGCAUCCUGGCCGAGGCGAUGGACUCCUUCCUCAACUACGUUUACACUGGACGUGCCAAAAUCACCACUGAAAAUGUCCAGUUUCUCUUUGAAACCUCCAGCCUCUUCCAGAUCACCACACUUCGCGAUGCCUGCGCUAAGUUCCUAGAGGACCAGCUGGACCCAUGUAACUGCUUGGGCAUCCAGCGCUUUGCAGAUGCGCAUUCUCUGAAGCAGCUGGCCAGCCGCUGCCGCAGUUACGCCCUGGCCAACUUCUCAGAGGUGGUUCUUCACGAGGAGUUCCUCGACCUGCAUAAAGAAGAGCUGGAAGAGUACAUUAACAGUGAUGAGCUUUCUGUCUGUAAGGAGGAGUUUGUGUUUGAGGCAGUGAUGCGUUGGGUGUACCACAGCGUGGAGAGCAGGAGGCCCAUACUGAAGGCUCUGCUCCACCAUGUCCGCUUGCCACUUCUGCACCCCAGCUACUUUGUUCAGACGGUGGAAGGAGACCAGCUCAUCCAGACUGCCCCGGAGUGCUACCAGCUUCUCCAUGAGGCCAGGCGGUACCACGUGCUUGGAAAUGAAAUGAUGUCACCCAGAACUCGUCCACGCAGGUCGACUGGCUACACAGAGGUGAUUGUGGUGGUCGGUGGCUGUGAGCGGGUGGGGGGCUUCAACCUUCCCUACACUGAAUGCUAUGAUCCAGUCACAGGAGAAUGGAAAUCACUGGCAAAACUGCCCGAGUUCACCAAGUCAGAGUAUGCCGUCUGUGCCCUUCGCAACGACAUCCUGGUGUCAGGCGGUCGCAUAAACAGCAGGGAUGUGUGGAUGUAUAACUCCCAGCUCAACCUGUGGAUCAGAGUGGCUUCUCUUAACAAAGGUCGCUGGAGACACAAGAUGGGUGUACUACUGGGCAAGGUCUACGCUGUGGGUGGUUAUGAUGGCCAGAGCCGCCUGAGCAGUGUGGAGUGUUAUGACUCCUUCUCAAACCGUUGGACAGAAGUGGCUCCCAUGAAAGAAGCUGUAAGCUCUCCAGCUGUGGCCAGCUGUGCAGGCAAGCUCUUUGUCAUUGGAGGAGGGCCUGACGAUGAAACCUGUUCAGACAAGGUUCAGUGCUAUGAUCCAGAGACAGAUUCCUGGUUGCUACGUGCCAACAUCCCCAUUGCCAAGCGUUGCAUCUCAGCAGUAUCUCUCAACAAUCUGAUCUAUGUGUGCGGCGGUCUCACAAAGUCCAUCUACUGCUACGACCCUGUAGAGGACUACUGGAUGCAUGUGGUUCAGAGCUUUAACAAACAGGAGAGCUGUGGCAUGUCAGUGUGUAACGGAAAGAUCUACAUCCUUGGUGGCAGAGGGGAAAAUGGCGACGCCACAGACACCAUCCUGUGUUACGACCCAGCAACAGGCAUCAUCACAGGAGCAGCCACCAUGCCGCGAGCCAUCUCCUACCAUGGUUGUGUAACCAUCCACCGUUACAAUGACAGAUACUUCAAGUCAUGACCCUGAACAGAAACACGCACAGACACACUCUCAAUAUGAGAGCAAACACUAAAGAACUCUCCAAGUACUCGUACCACAUACACAGCAUAAACAUUAACCAAAUUUUUUUUUUAAUAAGAGGCACAUUUAAUAGUUCAAACCACAGUAUCAGUGAGCUAAUUUAUUUCCUCAUAGCAUCAUGUAGCAAGACUCAUUGUGGUGCUGUGAAUCUUUUGUUGUCUUUAUAGCCUUUCUGUGGAAGUGCUUAGAUGUUGAUAACACUAAUGACUUUUCUGCAACCAGAGAUAAAGUGGAAACAGAUCAGCAUGAUAGCUGUGCUUUGUAUCAGUAGUUUCUGCACAGUACUGGGAAGAAAUGCAUAAUUUGUAAUAGAACUAAAGAAGCUGUUGAUGAUCAUCAGUCAUAAAUCAUACUAUAGAUAUUUGGGAAAAAACAAAUCCCGAUUACUUGUUCAUUUAUAAAGACUCUAAAUUCAGAUUUCUUUUUUGCAUAUAAUGGCACCAAAAACAUCACAGCUGAGAGUCCAUAGGGCAAAAUAGCACUGCAGAGAAAAAUCUUAAUUUGAUUUUGGGGUGAACUAAAGUUAAUCAGUAAGUGAAAAACAAAUGGUAAUACUCCCAGUUACUUUAAUAAUUUUUGGCCUUCGAUUUAUUAAUUUUAUUUGUCAUAUCAUUUAUAUAUAGGUCAUAAGUAAAAAAAACAACAAAAAAAACUUCCCAGCCCUCUGCUUUUAUUGCUGUGCAAAAUAUAACCCCGAGAUUUAGGUCAUUGAUGAUUAAUGAGGGUUCUGAUGAGUAAAAACAACACUUUAAGGCAAACACGAAAAAUACCCACAAAGAGCCAUAUAUAUA